AGCCAUCAAAAGCCUUUCCACUUGAUUCUGACUGACAAUUUUCGAGGCUGACAGACAAAUGGAUCGUCACGGGAUUCACCACUUUGACAUGCAAGCUCUACUAAACUCUUUGUUCAUUUUGAAGAGACAAUCAAUCUCAUCGCCCCACCUUUUUUCCCUUUUUCUUCCUUCUUUUCUUUUCUUUUCCCCUUAUUCGCCCUCCACCUCUUUGUUUUCCUAGUCAACCCAUAUUUCUCUCAUUCAAUACAAAUCAAUGUCAAUGGCAUCCACAGCAGGACUCUCACGGCGUCGUGGAGCGGGAGCAUCAGAGUCGGGAAUGGGUCAGACCACAUCUGGACAACUUUUAAACGGCAGUCGACGUUCCAGCACAGAUGGUAAAAUUGCUGCCGAUCCUAGAGAUCUGCAGAUGGAAGAUGAGAAUCGGACACAACCUAGAUUUACAUUGAUGGAAGAGAUUCUCCUCUUGGGACUUAAAGACAAACAGGGAUAUCUGUCAUUUUGGAACGAUAAUAUCUCAUAUACGUUAAGAGGAUGUAUCUUGAUGGAACUUGCGUUCCGCCAUCGAAUAGCUAUGGUCAAAGACCCCAAUAGACGGAAAUAUCCCCUACCUGAUCGAUACAUUGAAGUCAUUAACGAAAAACUGACAGGAGAAGUGCUCUUAGAUGAGGCACUAAAAAUGAUUGCUUCUACACCAGAAAGAAUGAGCGUGGGUCAGUGGAUUGAUCUCAUGAGUGGUGAAACAUGGAAUGUUAUGAGGGUUGGAUUCCAACUAAAGCAAGUUCGGGAACGAUUGGCAAAAGGACUUGUAGAUAAGGGCGUUCUGCGGACAGAGAAGCGUAAUUUUUUGAUUUUUGAUAUGGCCACCCAUCCAGUCACCGACUCUGCGGUCAAAGAGGAGGUCGUCAAACGGACAUGUACUACACUCAUCUCAAGGUCAGCAGGAUCAACGCCGACAUUAGCUGAGCACAAUUCACCUAUUGCAUAUCAGCAGCUCAGGACAGUAUCGAUGGUAUGUGCAGCGUAUGCGGCAAAUGUGCUGGAGAAUGCUCUAAUGUACCUUAACCACGAGAUGCGGGAGCGUGCGUUUACAAAAGUGGACGAGCUCUUGACUGACUAUAGUGUAUUUCCAUUUGGAGGGAAUGCAAGCAAAGGCGAAAUAUUUGGCAAGGAUCUUCAGAUGGAGAUUGUGGCAGCCGUGUUAAAUGUGUUCACAAAGAUGGAUAGUAUUUUAUAAUCGCGU